CGCCCGGUGCAGCUCGGCCAGAGCCACCGCGGGCUGCGCGUCCGCCAGGAGCCGCUGCCUCGACCCUACUGCCCGGAUCGCUCUGUCCAAAUCCCUCUGCUUGAACCUCGCUACACCGAUCCCUCUGCUUAGACCUCGUUCCGGAACCCGGCUGCUCGGAGCCUUCUGUUCAGAUCCCUCUCUGCCUGGACCGAGCUGCCUGAAUCCCGCUGCCCGAAUCCUUCUGCCUGGACCCCGCUGCCUGGAUCCUUCUGCCUGGACUCCGCUGCCUGGAUCCUUCUGCCUGGACCCCGCUGCCUGAAUCCUUCUGCCUGGACCCCGCUACACGGAUCUCUCUGCGCGGAUCUCGGCUCCGCAGCCACGAUGCCCGUGGCACGGCCACACGCCUCGGGACCCGGCAGGAUCGCUCUGCUUCUGGUCGCCCUGCUUCUGGGGAGCCCCGCAGCAGCUCGGGCGGAAGACAGUGGUCCAGAGGGAGACACGCACCCUUCCACGGACUACCUCCUGCCCUCCGCCUCGCUGGAGAGCAACCAGGAAGAGGGAGUGACGUCAGCAGCCCCGGGUCCCCUGCCCUCCCAGGAAGCACUGGAAACGCUGGAAGGGCUGGAAGGGUCCUUGCCCCCUGCGCUCCCUGACGAGGCCAGCAUCCAGCACGCCCCAGCCCUCCGGAAGGGCCUACCGUCCCUGAAGCAACUCAACUCGGCCCGGAGGCAGCUGAGGCCCCAGGCCACCCCGACACCUCUGCAGAGACUAGGGUCCCCUGCUUCGGACACCACCAAGCCACAUGUGCCCGGGGACCCCGAAGAGCCCACAGCACCCGCCCCGCUGCAAAUCGUACCCUUCACCACGCUGGUGACCACGCUCCCCAACAGCCCGGAGCCGGCACAGGCCCCCGACGACAGCAGCCCCCCCGGGAGCCCGCUGGACAAGGGGGACAACGAGCUAACUGGGUCGGCCUCCGAGGAGAGCCAGGAGACCACCACGUCCACCAUCAUCACCACGACCAUCAUCACCACGGAGCAGGCCCCAGCUCUUUGCAGUGUGAGCUUCUCUGACCCCGAGGGAUACAUCGACUCGAAUGACUUCCCACCUCAGCCCUUCGGCAGCUUCCUGGAGUGUACAUACAACGUGACGGUCUAUACCGGCUACGGAGUGGAGUUGCAGGUGAAGAGUGUCAACCUGUCUGAGGGGGAACUGCUCUCCAUCCGUGGAGUGGACGGCCCCACCCUGACCGUCCUAGCCAACCAGACUCUGCUGGUGGAGGGCCAGGUGAUCCGCAGCCCCACCAACGCCAUCUCUGUGUACUUCCGGACCUUCCAGGACGACGGCCUCGGGACCUUCCAGUUGCACUACCAGGCUUUCAUGCUGAGCUGCAGCUUCCCCCGCCGGCCUGAAGCUGGAGAUGUCACGGUGAUGGAUCUGCACUCGGGUGGGGUGGCCCACUUCCACUGCCACCUGGGCUAUGAGCUGCAGGGAGCUAAGACUCUGACCUGCAUCAAUGCCUCCAAACCCCACUGGAGCAGCCAGGAGCCUGUCUGCUCAGCCCCGUGUGGAGGAGCCGUGCACAAUGCCACCAUCGGCCGAGUUCUCUCCCCCAGUUACCCUGGCAACGCCAACGGCAGCCAGCUCUGCGUGUGGACCAUCGAGGCUCCAGCAGGCCAGAAGCUGCACUUGCAUCUCGAAAGGCUGCUGCUUCAGGAGAAGGACAGGAUGACUGUCUACAGCGGACGGACAAACACAUCGGCCCUCCUGUACGACUCGCUCCGAACAGAAAGCGUGCCCUUCGAGGGCCUGCUGAGCGAGGGCAGCAGCAUCCGCAUCGAGUUCACAUCUGACCAAGGCCAGGCAGCCUCCGCCUUCAACAUCCGCUUUGAGGCCUUUGAGAAAGGUCACUGCUAUGAACCCUACAUCCAGAACGGGAACUUCACCACCUCAGACCCCACCUAUAACAUCGGCACCAUUGUGGAGUUCACCUGCGACCCGGGCCACUCGCUGGAGCAGGGCCCAGCCAUCAUUGAGUGUGUCAACAUGCGUGACCCGUACUGGAACGACACAGAGCCGCUGUGCAGAGCCAUGUGUGGUGGGGAGCUCUCUGCCGUGGCUGGAGUGGUGCUGUCUCCAAACUGGCCAGAGCCCUAUGCAGAAGGCGAAGACUGUGUGUGGAAGAUUCACGUGGGGGAGGAGAAGCGGAUCUUCUUGGACAUCCAGUUCCUGAACCUGAGCAACAGCGAUAUCCUGACCAUCUACGAUGGCGAUGAGGUUGUACCCCAUGUCCUGGGCCAGUACUUUGGCACCAGCAGCCCUCAGAAGCUGUACUCCUCAACGCCAGACCUCACCAUCCAGUUCCACUCGGACCCCGCCGGCCUCAUCUUUGGCAAGGGCCAGGGAUUUAUCAUGAACUAUAUAGAGGUAUCACGGAACGACUCGUGCUCAGACUUGCCUGAGAUCCAGAACGGCUGGAAAACCACUUCCCACACAGAGCUGGUCAGGGGAGCCCGGAUCACAUACCAGUGCGACCCCGGCUAUGACAUCGUGGGCAGCGACACCCUCACCUGCCAGUGGGACCUGAGUUGGAGCAGUGACCCCCCAUUUUGUGAAAAAAUUAUGUACUGUACCGACCCUGGGGAGGUGGAGCACUCCACCCGCCUCAUCUCCGACCCCGUGCUGCUGGUGGGCACCACCAUCCAGUACACCUGCAGCCCCGGAUUUGUGCUCGAAGGGAGUUCGCUUCUCACCUGCUACAGCCGCGAGACCGGGACUCCCAUCUGGACAUCUCGCCUGCCCCACUGUGUCUCUGAGGAGUCCCUGGCAUGUGACAAUCCAGGGUUGCCUGAGAAUGGGUACCAGAUCCUGUAUAAGCGGCUGUACCUGCCUGGAGAGUCCCUCACCUUCAUGUGCUAUGAGGGCUUUGAGCUCAUGGGCGAAGUGACCAUCCGCUGCAUUCUGGGACAGCCGUCCCAUUGGAGCGGGCCCCUGCCCAUCUGUAAAGUGAAUCAAGACAGUUUCGAACACGCACUAGAAGUAGCAGAAGCGGCAGCAGAGUCCUCACUGGAAGGUGGGAACAUGGCGCUGGCCAUCUUCAUUCCGGUCCUUCUCAUCUCCUUGCUACUGGGAGGAGCCUACAUCUACAUCACGAGGUGCCGACAAUAUUCCAGCCUCCGCCUGCCCCUCAUGUACUCCCACCCCUACAGCCAGAUCACCGUGGAAACAGAGUUUGACAACCCCAUCUAUGAGACUGGGGAAACGAGAGAGUACGAAGUUUCCAUCUAACCAGAGCUGCCCUGGAAAGGGGGGACUUCAGAGACGGACGUGCAGACGUGAACUGUCAGGACCUCCUCGGACAUCCAUCAGCGACCUCAUGGUGUUGGGCUGCAGCCCCUCUUUCCCUCUACUCUUUUGAUUCAAAGACUCACUGUUUCUUCGCACUCCUUACUAUAUUUAAAAUCGAAGGCAUUGAAAUCGGCGGGUUUGGUACAUUGGGACUGCAGCCAAGGUCACGUGACAGCCUCCAUUCCCAAGGCGAACAGAGCGGGUAACAGGGCCAGCAGGCCACGAUGGAUAAGCAGUGCCAGGCUUGGGCCACGCCGCCCUGCAUGGUCUUCCACAGCAGGCCGCAGCGUACUUGGUACGAACAGAAGCCCUGGGGUUGUCAGAGUGUCCCUGCAGGGCUGCCUUGGAGUGGAAUUUAGCCUGAGUCCUUAAGCCCAGUUAUUUCUCCUCCAAAACAAAAACUAUGUCCUCUUUUCCAAUGUUAAAAGUUUCUAAAAGGUCGGAGCCUAUCCUCUCCCUCCCAAGGCCUUCAAAGGCAGCAAAGAUUUUCUAAACAUUCCUUGGGCUCAGGCAACACUGAAUAGGUAAGAAAAUAGCCCCCUUUUUAAAAGGUGAUAAGUCCCAAGGAGGUCUGUCAGGGAUGAGGCACAGGGAUCUUGGGGAAGGGGACUCCAAAGAGGGAUGGAUACCAGGUGAACUGGAUCCCACCUCUGCUGGCAGGAUCACCCUGAGGCGAGGUUCAGAAAUCUACUGGCAGCUUGGACUAGAGAGUCACAGGGACUUGUGGGGAGGGAGGAACGCCAUGACCCGAAAGCCAGGGAUCAGCUCUGACACUCACUCACCGGGGCUUCUCGAAUGACCUUUGAUGUAGAUGGGACUCAAGUACGGAAGAUAUUACCUCCAGCUCUCUGGUUCUCACAUGCUCCCCGGCAGGGAAGGGCUGAAAGAGAGAAUCCCCUCCCUGGCCUCUGAGGCUCUGAGUGGGGGGAGCCCAAGCAGAUGCCCCGUGUGCAGAGCAGGAUGGAAACCACAGAGAACGAGACACAAAGCCCAGCUUGAACCUCAGUAAAGACAGAAUGUUCCCAAACAACAGGCCCUUCCCAGUCUUCAUCGACGGCUCCGUCAUCAGGGUCCUGGCUCUCCAGAAGUUUACUUUCUAAGUACAGUCAUGAAGGAAGGUGCAGGGGUGAGGUGCUGGAGGGAACUGUAUGUUCAAGGACCAUGUGGGGAAGAGGAGAGGACUCAUCUUCCUCCAGGAAAGGCCCCUGCAUGCAUAGGCCUAACCACUGUGGCUAGGGGUGUCUGGCCACCCAGCCCAUCCACCCACAGAGGAACCAGAGGAGAAACCAUGCAGGCUUUAGGGAACAGCGACCCUUUGGGGAAAGACCCUUUCUCCCAGAGGCAGAACCUAUCGGAGAUGCUUCCCACCCCAGCACUGGGUCACCUGUGAACACUGUCCGUGAUGUUUGGUUUUAGUUCACUCUAUGGCCCUGUGAAAACUGAGCGCUUGCCUUCUAUGAGGUCUGACGUGUGUGAGGCCCCUCGAAUCCCGUUCCCUAAAGCUGACCAGGUCAUGCCCAGGUCGUCUCUUGGCUAUUGGGGUAGAUUUAAAAAAAAAAAAAAAAUGUUGAUUUCUUUUUUUGCAGGAGACCAGUGUCUUAAUUCUGUCUUGGUGGCGCAGUGUCUGUAACCAUGUUUUAAAAUGUGUUCUAGCCUAGAGUUGGCUCCUGUGAGCUCACAAUGUACAAAGACUGAAAGGACAUGCUGGUGUCUUUUUUUUUUUUUUUUAAAUACCUGACUCUGUAUUUGUAACAUGUAAAGGUUUGAAAAGAACAAAAAAAAAAAAAACACAAAUGAUGCUAUCAGUGCCGAAUGUAUACCAGGUACCCUCAUCAAGGCCCAUCCCUGCUUGUUUUUACAAGAUGGAAAUUUGAACCUUGGGGAUUCAAUAUUUUUUUUGAACUGGAUGCACUUGUGAGCCCUUCCACAAGCGGUCCCCUGUUCUGACGUCAGUGGGGAGACAGACGCAUUUCCAAAGCUCAGGCCUCCAGGAUGUGUGCAUCCUUCAUGCUGACUGAUGCAGGCUGUGCCUGUCACCACCACCUGUCCUUUCAUGCACACAGCUCCUCCCUCUCCUGCCUGGAACCCACCUCCCCCCCUUAGCUUCCUUUCUGGUCGACUCACUUUGCCAACAUACGUAUUCUGACCUCUGUCUGGGGGAGCCAUCUUUCCAAGCGAUCCCACCCCAAGCCUUUGAAACCAGCUCUUUGGAGAAUUCACAAACCUCAGGGGACAACUCUGGAAAUCCACACACAGCCCCGGAGAAAGAGAAGGGUUACAGCCGGAAUGGUGGCGCCGGGGACGCCGACGAACCAAUGGGUAGCUUCAAGAAACCACAGGCAAAGCGACCUCCCCCUUUGGGCGUGGCCUUUCUGUGUCUUUGAUGAGACCCAGUGACAUGGCAUUCCAGGUCCCGUCUUGGGCAGCACUCAGCACCUGCAGAGGUAGGCGUCUUCUCAGAUGCUCGCUUUUUCAUUUAUCAUCAAACAGAAUUAAAAAAAAAAAAAAGCAAACUUUAUAAGCUAGAAAAAUGAAAUGAAAUCAUUUUCCACUUUGUAUAUAUUGCUGCUAAUAAAACAGAUGUAAAAGAGU